AUUCUUGUGCUCUUCACUACCUGUCAAUUGACACGAUGCGCGUAUAUACUAUCCUAUAUGUAGCGGUUCUCUGGUUACCAGCGAGAUCUACUCCUUCUCCCCAUUAAAGGGGAUGACCUUCCGCAUUGCCCUCCCUAGUGACACCUUUACCUCCAAUUCAGAAUCUGUCUACGUGCAGAUCCGAGCGCCCCUGACGUACGAAUGGGUCGCUCUAGGAGAGGGUUCGCAGAUGGCCGGUUCGAAUAUGUUCGUCCUCUACACAUCGUCUGCGAACAACAUCACACUCUCUCCUCGCCUGUCGACCGGUCAUUCCCAGCCAACUCUUAAUCCUGACGCCCAAAUUACCCUUCUUGGGGGCACCGGGGUGAUUGACGGAUACAUGGUCGCGAACGUACUCUGCGAGAACUGCACCAGCUGGAAGGGCGGAUCGCUUGAUUUAACCUCCCCAUCAACCAACUGGAUCUGGGCAUAUAAGAAAGGAAACCCCCUCGACUCAAACAACAAGGCAGCCGACAUUGCCCGGCAUGAUUCCACGGGCCGGCAGUCUGUCAAUAUGGCCCAGGCCAGAUUCACGUCGCUGAAUACAUCCAAUCCGUUCGCCGAAUAUAAUAGUACAACAACAGCCACAUCUACCCCUUUGGAUAACUCGGCUUCUUCGUCCUCCCUGCCAGCACACGGAUACAUCAUGGCCGCUGCGUUCGUGAUUCUCUUCCCAUUAUCCGCCGUUUCUCUUCACGUCAUCCCAUAUUCCAAAACCGUGCUACGGGUCCACGCACCACUGCAGAUGUGCGCACUGGCCCUAGCCAUCGCCGGAGCAGGUGUGGGUAUCUCCCUUGGCGUCGACACGGGCAAGAUGGACCAUUACCACUCCAUAAUCGGCCUCGUCGCCGUGGCAGGAUUACUCUUUUUCCAGCCAGCGAUGGGAAUCAUCCAGCACCUCCACUUCCGGAAGACGGACGGGAAGCUUUUCAUUUCACACAUCCACCGCUGGCUGGGACGAAUCAUGAUCGUUCUCGGAGUAGCUAAUGGUGGACUCGGUCUCCUUCUGAGCAGGAACAUGGGCCAUGGGGGAGAAAAUGGGGCUGUUGUUGCGUAUUCGGCUGUCGCUGGUAUUGUUGGGGCUUUUUAUGUUGGUGUACUUGGGUGGAGGAUUUUGAGCGGCAUCGAGAGGGAAGAGAAUAAGGAGAUGGGUGGUUCUGAUGCUGAUGAACAGCUUCGCGUGGAUAACCAGGCGAAGUAA